CAGCGGUCUACGCUGAACAAGCGCUCUUCGUGGCUCCUGCACCGGCGUGUAUUCUUAAAAGUCAAAGCUCCAGGCGACCCUCACUCUUCCCAUCCUCUCCCUUCUCCAUCCCCAGCCCUCGCCCAUCCUUACAUCCCUUCUCCAUCGUCCCUUCAAUAGAAAAAGCAUCAAGCAGAACCGCCGGACGGUUCGCUUCGAGUUCUGCGCUGUUGCAAUCUCCGUGGCUCAUCCACGAACGCAAGAUCAUCGGCGAGUCCGUUGCAUCCUUUCAUCCCACCCAUCAAGCCCUUUAUCGCCGCUUUCCCACAGAGGAUAGCUUAACAAGGACCAAAAACCUCAUCUCAUUAUGAGGCUCGCUCAUCUUCGUGCAUCCUCUCUCCUGGCCGUGAUGGCCACGCUGCUCAUCGCUGUAUUGGUCUCCGCGGCGCCGAUCCCAGACCCAGCGCCGGCACCGCAACCACAGCCACAACCGCUGGUCGUCAAGAACGGCAAGCUCUUCGGCAUCGACCUGACUGGCAAGGACAAAGGCCAGAGCACGGCGCUCGAAAACAUCCUCAGCUCCGACCCCACUGUCAAUCAGGUCAAGAAAGUCGGCACCGAGGCCGAGAAGAUGUUCGGGCGCGACGUAGCACCCGCCUAGACCUGGUUGGUAUAGGCCCACUCGAAGCUGCGACACCGCUAGAGCUAGCUGGGAAUACAAAGGCUGUAUGUCGGCAGCUGACACAUUCUGGCGCCUAUUCCAAGCAGCAGCAGACCGCACAAGAGAGAGUGCGACGUCAAGGGAUGCCCGCAGCUACUACGAAUCUCCGUUGGUGGUGCACAUGCACAGGAGGACGACCCCGCAGGUGCUAGCUUAUAUUGGGAAGAUGUGGAAGUUGGAGGGGACAUUCAGUAGCCCAUUACAUGUAUCGAUUGGCCACACUUGUGGCAAGUCUGUCUCAGUCUC